UGAGGCGGAGGUCGGGGCUGGGCCGAGGGUCCCGGCCGCCCCCCGACCGCCGGCCCGCCUUCUCUCCCCUCCCAGCGCACCCAGGGUAGCGGCGCGAUGGCGGCGGCGACGGCAGCGGGAGCAGCGGGCUCUCUGGGGUCCGGGCCCGGGGCGGCGGCGGGGGUUGCCGGCUCGGCCGUGCCCGCUCCGGGUCCGUGCGGGGCGGUGUCGGGGGUCUCUGGGGGUCUCGGGCCGGUCCCGGUCCCUAUGAACCUCUUCGCCACCUGGGAGAUCGACCGCUCGGCGCCCAGCUGCGUGCCCAGGCUGUGCAGUCUCCGCCUGAAGAAGCUGACCGUGCUGAGGGAACUGGACAAGGAGCUCAGCUCUGUGCUCAUUGCUGUGAAGAUCCAGGGUUCAAAGAGAGUCCUGAGAUCCAAUGAAUAUGUUCUGCCCCCUGGAGGCCUGAUGGAGACUGACCUGGAACUGACAUUUUCGUUGCAGUACCCACACUUCCUGAAACGUGAUGGCAACAAGCUCCAAAUCAUGCUCCAGCGCAGAAAGAGGUACAAGAACCGCACUAUUUUGGGCUACAAGACCCUGGCAGUGGGCAUCAUCAACAUGGCUGAGGUCAUGCAGCACCCGACAGAUGGAGGGCAGCUCCUGGGCCUCCACAGCAACAUCAAGGAUGUGAGCAUCCGAGUGGCCGAAAUCAGCAUCUACUCUCUCUCUAGCCAGCCCAUUGAUCACGAAGAUGGAAACGUCCCCUCUGGCCCCAAAAUCAAAGCUGAUCGCUCUCCAGAUAUUGACAACUACUCUGAAGAAGAGGACGACAGCUUUUCCUCCGAGCAGGAAGCCAGCGAUGAUGCCGUGCAAGGCCAGGAUUUAUAUGAUGAAGAGGAUGAAGUGAGGAAGCCGAAGAAAGCCAGGCGGAAAAUGAUCAGAACCACAUCGAUGACCAGACAACCAAACUUCAAGCAGAAAUUUGUUGCCUUGCUGAAGAGGUUUAAAGUGACGGACGAGGUUCUGGAUUCUGACCCAGUGGAUCAGACGCAGGAGGUGGAAGAGGACCUGGGUCUGCUCUACGACAGCCUCGAGGAAUGCAACAACAGUGACAGCGGCCCCGAGAUAGAGGAUAAUGAAAGCGUCCACAGCACUCCCAAGCCCACCCUGAGGCGCUUCUUUGAGGGCGUCUCUCACUCUGGUUCCCAGACUGAGAUCAGCAGUCUGCACGGCCAAAAGGGGCAGGAGCGAGAGUCGGGCAGCCCUGGAGAAGCAGAGAAGCGGAAAGUGGGUGUCCCUCGCGCCCAAGACGAGGGUGUCAUGGAAACAGCGGCUAUGGAGCUGGAGGUUGAUGAAUCCUGCCCUGGAGGGCCUGGCGAGACAGUCCUGAAGGAGAGCAGCGUGGACAGGCUGACUCAGCUGAGCAGCAGCAGCAAGCCAGAGUUCCCAGCCACUGUUUCUCCCAGCAAAGUUGAGAACAAGCAGUUGUGGCGGCCGCGCAGCAUGUCCGUCAAGGACAGGCAGAACUCCAAGGGCCAGGGCGAUCGGACCAGCAGCCUGGACAGCGAGAGCUCCCCAGACUCACGGCAGGGCACCCAGGUGCCUCGAAAGUCUGUGUAUGAUCAGCUCAACCAGAUCCUGGUCUCGGAUGAGCAGCUGCCCGAGAGCAUUAUCCUGGUGAACAUAGCCGAGUGGCAAGGCCAGUAUCUGUGCGACCAGCUGCAAGAGCACAAGCAGCCCAUUGUCUCCACCUGCUCCAUGGCAGAUGUGCAGGCCGCUUUCAACACCAUCGUCUCUCGCAUCCAGAGAUACUGUAACUGUAAUUCCCACAUGCCUCCCCCAGUGAAAGUGGCCGUCGCAGGGGACCAGAGCUACCUGAGCAUCGUCCUGCGCUUCUUUGUGGAGCAGCUAGCUGGCAAGACCCCGGACUGGCUCAACUAUCUCCGUUUCCUCGUGGUGCCGUUGGGCUCUCAUCCUGUGGCCAAGUACCUUGGCUCUGUGGACAACAGGUACAGCACCUUGUUCCUGGACGCAGCCUGGAGAGAGCUGUUUAGCAGAAUUGAGCCCCCUAGUUCAGACACAGUGGAUGUCCCUGGUCGGGUCGUCCAGUUCAUCACUGGCGCCAACGUGUCCCACCAGUUGCCCAUUUCCGAGGCCAUGUUGACCUACAAGCAGAAGAGUUCAGGUGUGUGGGGUACUUCAAGCCCUGCUGUUCUCUGCUUGCCCCUACAGCCAUCGGGGACUGGCACACACCCUGACGAGGAUUCCUGCCAGAAGUUUGUGCCGUUUGUUGGGGUGGUGAAAGUGGGCCUUGUGGAGCAGUCCUUCAACACCUCAGUUGAUUCUGACGAUGUGACCAUCUGCACCACUUCGCUGCUCAGCUCGUCGUCUCCAUCUGGCGGAGGCGUCCCCUAUACCAAGGAGGUGGUGGGUACCCCUCCGCCCUCCCCAUCGGUCAGCAGCGGGCUCUCGGGAGCUGGCAACCUGAGUCCCGGCGUGGAGGUGAUGGGCCUGCAGGUUGAUUACUGGACAGCGCAGGGUCCAGAGAAGAGGAAAGAGGCCGAGAAGCGAGAGACGGGCAUCAAAAACACCCUGAAGAGCAAUUUCCGCUCCCUGCAGGUCAGCCGCAUCCCCGGCCCUGGGGAGCUGACUGCCCCCAACACCAUGGCCAUGACUGUGGUCACCAAGGAGAAGAAUAAGAAAGUCAUGUUCCUGACUAAGAAAAACAAAGAGAAGGACUUGGAACCGAAGAGUCAAGUAAUUGAGGGGAUCACACGCCUGAUCUGCACAGCCAAGCACCAAAACACCAUGCUCCGUGUUUGUAUUGACGGCAUCGAGUGGAACGAUGUGAAGUUUUUCCAGCUGGCCGCACAGUGGCCGACACACGUCAAGCAUUUCCCCAUCGGCAUCUUCGGCUACACAAAGAGCGCGUGAGGAUAAAGGAAAGGAAGCAGCCCGAGGCAAUAGCCUCGGGGAGGACUUGGGCUCUGCCGUGCUGAACAGAGGAGGGACAAUCCAGCUCCUUGCUUCUGCCGAAGAUGACUGACUGGACUGGACUGGACUGCCUGAUGGCCCAGGGCUGGAGCCCUAAUCCGGCCAGGGCUCUCUUUGGCUCCAUUUGUUCUGUGCAAGGAGCAUCCCGAUUUGCUUUACGUCUCACCCAUGAGGUUUUUUUUUGUUUUUGUUUUAGUUUUUAACGUGAACUUGGUCCUAGGAAACGGAAGGAAGGCACACACACACCUGCACGCAUUCACAGAGCUUUCUCAGCCUGAACUCUUGAAGACUCGGCCGUUGGGCCAGUUUUCCUUGUUCCAGGAAUGAAAGAGGCCAGGGGGGAACUUGCACAGCUCCCCAACCAGCCGUCGGCUCGGGGCAGCUGGGACUCUGUUCCCUCCCAUGCCUUGCCAUGGGCAAGAAAGGGGGUUUGCUCAGCCAGGCUCACCCCGUUGCCAUUCUGGGCAAGCUGGACCUCUGCCCACAAGUGCCACUCUGCAAUGCCCGCCCCCAGUGCACAGAGGGCUGCUGGGAUCUUGGGUACCUUGCCAUCUUUUAACACAAAGUAGCUUUCCCCGUCUCUCCUAAAAAAUACUUGGCCCCUCCUGCUUGGAGUGGGCCUGACACUGCUCAGCUUCUCAUGCCCUGAGGAAAUGCCCAGAUGGGAGAAUAGAAAGCAAGUGGUACAGAGAUAGCAGAAAGGAAAGGCAGGGGCAACUCGUUUCUGCAGCAGGCAGCUGGUCCAGGUAUGAGCUGCUUUGUGUAGUUCAAGACGUUUGCAAGACAAAAGGCUGGAGUUGCUGUGUUGCUGUUUGCUUCCCAUUUUUAAGGGGGAGGUGGCACAGGAGUGCCCGAGCCCAGGGCAGCGCUUGCCUCUGGGACCCGAUACAGAUCCACAGAUGGCGGGAUUGCUCUGGUGCAGCAGAGGGACUGAAUCCUAGAACGGCUGGUUCUUUGCCACUUUAAAGCACAGUAGGCCGACCUCCAUGACAAAAGGCGGGAGAAACUCAAAUGAGUGCCAUUCCAGUGGAAUAGGAAGGGGGAAAGGGUCUUGCUAAAGCAGCACAGCUUGUAUGGGGCUGGAGGGGGAAGCCGAGGGGCUUCGUCACUAACCGAUCUGUUCUGGCUUUUAUUUGUGGGGGGCGGGGGAGAGUACAGAGAAAGCAGGAUGAGAGAAAAAGAGAGUUGCAGUGGGGCAAGGACCUCUUCGUGCAGGAUGUACUGCAGCUGUGGUGAAACAGUGUGUGCUUUGAUUGCCGCAUUGCUGGGCCCUGCUAGGUAGGUGGAGCAAGAGGGGGAGCCAUUGCUCGCACAGCUGAGGGAGGGCAGGCCAGAGGCCCCUGCGGCCUGUGCCCCCGGGAGGGCUUUCUGGCCAAGGCGCUGUCUUGCGAUGGAGCGCCAGCUUACAUGCCAUGCACUCCAUUGAUGGCCACUGCACUCACUGCAGCGCUCUCCUGAGCUCCGCUAGCUGGGCCGAGUUGCACCUUCGUGAGGCAGGUCUCUUGCAGAACAGGAUGUACGAGGAGGAACAAGUUCCUUUUAAAAAUGACUGACACGCAGACACAGAUAUAUACACGAACACAUCCUAAAAUCCAACACGAGCACCAGAACGAGAGAGCCAGUAACUGCAGCAAAGGUGUCCUGAGCCUAGCCUUCCCGUGGCAGCUAUUUGUGCCUCUUUGCCCUCCUCUUCCCUGACGAGACCCGCCAGUGCCCACCCCCAAACCCCUUCCCUUCUCUCUCAUUUUCUAAAAAACCAAGUGGACUCCAAGGCCCAGGCCUCCCUGCCUUCCUGGAGCUCCUUGUGUCACUAGAACUGCCAAACCAACCUUCCCCUGCCUUGAAAGUGUAUCCUACCGAACUCAAGAGACCUAAACUGUGGUAUUGCGCCUGCUCGUCGGACGCAGCUGCUCGAGGUUAGGAGAGCAGGGAUGGUGGGUUAACCCCAUUUUUUACAAGAUUCUAUUUUUGUUAAACUUAAUGUAAGGUUGCUUUCUGGAUUAAUUUUAAUAAAUUAAUGCUGGUACCAUUGUGA